AUGUCAGGCCUCGAGCCACUCGCGGCCUUGGGGCUUGUGUGCAACAUCGUUCAACUAGUCGAAGUCGGGCUCAAAACAGCCACGCUCUGCAAGAAUGCCUAUCGCACAGGCGAACCGGACCCCGAGCUCAGCGUCUACGCUCAGAAUCUCGCUGCCACCGCUUCGAGCUUGAGUCAGUCACUGGAGAACUCCCAGCAGCCUCUUAAUCUCGAUGACUCGCGACUCCUGGCUCUGGCUCGCAAUUGUCGUGAUGCGGAAGCUGAAUGGAGGAAGAAAACCCCAGCUCGAUUUCUUUCCCAACAACAACCUCGAAAACGUGAUCGUCUUGCCGCGGUGUUUCGCGGCAUUAUCAACAAACCGGAAAUCGAUCGCUUAGAAAGUCAGCUACAGAAAGCCAAGGGUUCUCUGGAGACGGAUCUUCUCGUCGGGAUCUUCAAAAGCCUUGACGUCUCCAAGGUGCAAGCCAAUGAUCUCCAAGACAAGUUCCAGGACCUACUUCAGGCAACAUCCACCAGCGAAAAGGAACUUCAUGAACUUAUCCAAGCACAAGUAGCCCUUGUCAACACGCGGAUAUCAGACCGUAUUGAUCAAGCUGAAGCAUCUACCAAGACUCAUGUCACAACAGUGCUUGCUAGUCAUGAAUCGAGACUUAAGUUACACGCAGAUCAAAGCAAAGUCACGCUUUUGACCGAAGCUGAGUCGAGAGAAGAGACGCGAAGGGAAAAUGAGGCUUAUGAACGACUCUUGCGCAGUUUCCAGUACCCCGAUAUGAAUCGUCGACGAAACGAGAUACAUGCCUCCUAUGGGUCGACCUUUAACUGGUUAUUCGAGGGAGAGUUUGAGGAUGAUUAUCUGGAAUCGGAAUCAGAGGUUUCUGAGUCAGACUCUUUUUCUGAAUCCGACGCUGAUUCUUCUUCUGAACAUGAGGUAGACUCUUAUCGUCAAAUGCUGGCUUGCAGUAGCUUUGGAACAUGGCUGGAAUCGUCAGAGAACCGCUACUGGAUUAGCGGCAGGCCUGGAACCGGAAAGAGUGUGCUCAUGAAGUUUAUCAUCUCCCACAAGCAAACGAUGGAUUCAUUAAGACAAUGGCAACCUGAAGGCCAAAUCCUCAGUCACUUCUUCUGGAAAGUUGGCAGUCCUAUGCAAAGUAAUUUCAAGGGCUUUCUAUGCUCUUUGGUCUACCAACUGUUCUCUUCAGACAAACAGCAUGCUAUGAGCUUUCUCCAACAGAACCCCGAUUGGUCUCGCAAAACUGGACCUGGUGAUUGGGACAAGGAUGACCUCCAAUUCUUAGUCAAUGGGUACGCAAGACAGACGGCUCGACCUUUCUGUCUUUUCAUCGACGGACUCGAUGAGAUUAUCGAUGAUGAAGGUGUAGGCAUCAUGUUCGACUUCCUCCAUACUCUGCAAGAACCUACACGUUUAGUCAAGAUCUGCAUGUCAAGCCGUCCAGAGCCAGCCAUACGAAUGCGGAUGGGUCGGAACCCCGACAUGGAAAUGGAAGAUUUAACACGAAAUGAUAUAGAGCAAUACGCACGGGCCAAUCUGAAAAGGGAAGUUUCUCUGGCAAACUCUUCAAUGUAUAUCGAGGAUCUUGUAAUGGAUAUCAGUUACAAGGCACAGGGGGUAUUUCUCUGGGCUGUUCUGGUAACAAGAUCGGUUGCACGGGGUAUCUCGAACGGCGACUCAAGAGAACUUAUCCAGAAAAGGCUUCUAAAGACUCCCAAGAAGCUUCAUGAGCUAUACCUUGAUAUGUGGACGAGGCUGGACGAAGACUCGGAUCUUUAUCAGCGUUCGACUGCACUCAUCUUCAAGAUUGUUCUCUUCAACUGGAAAACAUCAAUCAAAGCCCAAGCACUUCAUUUCCCAUUAUUAUUCCAAACAGGUGCAAUAUCUAUUCUGGAAUUGAUGCUGGCGUCAAGUGAUGAUCUGUGGUCCACGCCUGUUGAAGAAUUUGAGCAGCUCUCUGCCACAAACCUUGAGCGACGGUGCAAGGAACUAUUGGCCAGAUUGCCAUUCAGAACAGCUGAUCUCUUUGAGGUCGUUCAAUCUAAGCGCCACGAGAGAUCAGAUGAGAAAAAAUGGGCUGACAAGUCACGCUCCCCUUUGAUUAGGUAUGACAAUCUAGGGGUAGACGCUGUUCAUCGAACGGUCUUCGACUUCCUGAUCGAGACAGAGGAUGGAAAGAAGAUUAUGGGGCACCAUCAGGCGUCUCAAGAAGAAUUAUUCAUCAGAAUGUUCAGAUCGCGCCUUCUUCGAAAUUGCCUAUACCCCCAACUUCCAUAUACAUCGGGCGAGAACGAGGAGGGUCGCAAUUGGUUAUCAGCAUGGCGACAUCUAGACUCGCAGCUGGACUUACUCUCAUAUCACACCGAUGUUAUUCACGGUUCAACGUUGGUCAACAUGCUAGAUCUUUUAUGGGCCUCUUUUGUUAAAAUGACUAAAAGUCUCCCGAUACACCCUGACCCAAGUGUGGAUAUCGUCAAGCGGAUAUGCAAGUUUGACUACUUACUGCGCGUUGUUCCUAAGGGAUUCGACGAUUAUAUAAGAGAUUAUCUCAUCGAAUGGGAGACUAAUCGACAGUUCGAUGAACUGUACAAAGUUCUAAGUGCUUGCCUUAAACCAGACCAUUUGCGUUGUAGUGAGUUUGAAUGGGCCGGAAAGCAGCGUCUGAUACAACGCAUUCUUUCGAUAAUUGUUUCCCAUAGAUUCCAUAUUUCGACUCCGAGUGGACAGCAACUAAGCAGCCAUACUUUGUUCAAAGCCAGCAUAGCGUACUUUCUCAUCUCGACCGUCGAUUUCCGGAUCUUGCAACGCGGCACCUAUUCUGCAUGGUCGUGGAACGCUCAAAGAACUAGCGUCAUUCUCAGAAUGCUUAGGGACUUCCGCUAUUCAUUAUGCCUCGGAGAUCACAUGCUUAUCGAAGUAUUCCUCCCCAUAAGCAUCCUGGAUUUCCCACAUUUAGUCGGUCAGAGACGUCGCGGAAAUUCACCAGCUGUCUACGUGGAAAUAAGCAUGGCCAUCCUUGUUCAGAUUUUUUUAGAACAAAUAUUGCCGAACUAUGCAGGUUUCAAUCGUCAUGAAGUUGAAGAUGCUUUCAAUCUGAAGGAUUGCCCCCAGACUAUGAAGCCCACUAUGCUAGGUGUGGGUGACUACUUUCUUGAACUAUCCAGCACGGAUCUGCCCAUUUUGCAGAGGUACUGUCAGAGGAGGCUACUGCCUGCGCUUUUCAGUCCGUCGAUUGAGGAUUUGGAUGAUAUGGAUCUGUUUCAGCAUAGGUUGGUGGUUGAGGCUAGCCGCGGUAUAUUCGAGCGUGAGCGGCGCAUUGAAAGACCGGCUGGGACAGUAAGAGGGAUAGAAGAGGGGGUUGGUCCGGACGGCAUGAACUUCUACCUUUGUAGCUCUUGUGAAGCAAAAGAAAGGGAUUAA